GCAUAAUGGUGUGUGAUGACGAGUCUUGCAAGCACACAACCCGCUCCCCCAACUUUCGCUUGCUUGGUGAACGUGAACGGGGAACAGUUUGCCCAAACUAUCCUAACUGUAACGGAACCCUCUUAAGAAAGUACACUGAAGCAGACUUGUACAAGCAACUGUCCUAUUUCUGCCACAUUUUAGACACACAAUACUCUCUAGAAAAGAUGGAUGUUGGCAUGAAAAUUCAAGUAGAGAAAGCAAUGGCGAAGAUAAGACCUGCGGUUGAAUCAGCAGCAGCCAUCACUCGAAGUAUUAGAGACCGGUGUGCUUAUGGAUGGCUGCAACUCACAGACAUAGCUAUUUGAUAGUUGUAACUUGUACUAGAGGAACCCUGACCAGUUUAAUGCCAGAUCAUCAUCAUUGUCUGAAUGUUAUCUUCAAAGCAGAGUGGCUGUGGAAAAGCACAUU